AUGGAACAGCAGCAGCAGCAGAGCUACAACAACCCGAACUUACCAGCAAAGUCACAAAAAGCCAGAGAAGGACGCGAAAACCAACGUUAUAACCCAGAAACAGGAGCAAGGAUAGUUUCUGGGUGUAUAUGUCUCAAUGAAACCAAGGACAAAAUUAUCAUGAUAUCAUCGUCGAAACAUAAGAACCGUUGGAUAGUCCCUAAAGGUGGUAACGAAUUGGACGAGUCUGAAUUGGAAACCGCAGUUAGAGAAACCUGGGAAGAAGCUGGAGUAGAAGGGAUAAUCAUAAAGAAAUUGCCAGUUGUUUUAGACUCUCGAGGUAAUCAAGCCCCAGUUAUUAAAGGUGAAUUUGAUCCUGAUAUUGCUACUCCUAAGUCUGAAUUUCAUUUUUUUGAAUUGCAAGUUGAUCAAUUGAGUACUACUUGGCCUGAGAUGAAGAAAAGACAAAGAAGAUGGUGUACUUAUUCCGAGGCAAAACAUGAGUUGUUAAAACUGAAAAGACCAGAACUAGUUGAUGCAUUGAACAUGUCAUCUAUUAUAAAGGACACGAUCGACAACAAGAAUCCUAAAGAAGACAAGUAUUAA